AUGAGCCGGUGGCGUCGUUCGGUGGACGAGUUGUCGGCGCGGCGGCGGAAGCAGGGCGAGUGCGAGCGCGCCCAGGAGGCUCUCGGUCGCGUCACCUCGUGUUUCCAGCAGCUGGCGGUGUCACUCGGCAGCUCGGCCGACAGCAGCUUCCUGCGAGAUGAGAUGGACGAGACGCGAGCACUGGCACACCGCAUCUGCAGUGGUACAAGAAACCUGCCCCCACCAAAAACGUUGGUUACACCUGACUUCCUGUCACUUCCUCACGAGUCUGUCUGUCGGCCUGCAGGUCUGUCCCGGCGCCUGAUGCACCUGCUGUCAGACUGUGACUCUGACCCGUCUUUGGCGGACGACAGAAGGGCGUCAGAGCGACUGUGGGUUCUCUUCCUGUCCGCAAUAGAGAACUUCCUGUUUGACCUCCACAAGGCCCGCAAUCUGAUUGGACGGUUUCCUCUGACCCAGCGCUCCAGCAGGCGCUUGUUAGUCAAUGCAGGGUGUGCUGAUGGCGUGGUGGGCUUGGCAGCUCGAGUGGCUUCAGUCCAGGUGCCGUGGCUCACCUUGGAGGAGGAGCCAUGCCCUGAUCUGACCAAUCACAUAGCAGCACUGGAGGCAAUGCUGAGUGAGAUGCAGCUGAGGGUUCCUAUUGCAUUCUGGUCGGUAGAGGCAACCCAGCCAGCGUGGGCCGAAGCUUGUGGUGAAUUUGAACAACCAGAUGAUACCCUGGAGGACCUGAUGGAGGUUGAAGUGAUCUCUAACAACAAGGUGCCCUGCUGCCAGCCCCCGUGCUGUGGACUGGGCUGUGUCGGGUAGAGGGACUGGUCACAACUGACAUCGCCUGAAGUAAAUAUCACUGACAAAAAAAGAAGGGAUGUUUAUGCAUUAAUCAGCCAUGUUAGACAAAUAAAGGUGAUUUUACAUUGUGAGUUUUCAUUUUACUACUACGGCUGCUAGGGGGAAGACAUUUUAGACCUUGAUUUGAUCAGGUCUGGGCUGGACGCGAUCAAAGAACACCUCGUCCACUUCAAGGUGGGCUAUAAAAAGGAGGCACUCAUUCAGGUCCAACAGCUGAAGUGGAAAAACUGUUAUGAAGCAGAUGAAGUGGAGCUGUUUAACAAAGAAAUAGUUCUUGAUAUGUAUGUUUCUAUGUACUCACUUUGAU